AUGGAGCAGGAAGGCUCCGCCUCCAGCGAGAGUCACAGGGAAGGUGCAGGAGGUGAAGAAAGUCUACUCGAACGCCUCCUUAUGGAAACGGAAGAAGAGCCUGAUUUCUCGGCGGAGGUGAAGGAGAUGCUGAAGAACGAGGAUUCCCGAUUGAAAUACGUCCUUGCUGGAGAUGCUAUCGAGAACCCCUUUAUCAAUGAUCGAGAAGAGCAGCUGAAUUUUCACAUGAAUUUGUACUGUGUAACCAAACCAGAAGGUGGAUACAAAUGUGUUGCGUGCGAUGAGGAAUACGACGACGUAGAUGCAAUGCGCCAGCACAUCCUCUUUCACAUGAAAGCCAAAUUCUACUUGUGCGUGCAAUGCCUUGAAGGCUACAGCACACUUUCAGCAAUGAGAGCCCACAUAAGGAGACACAGUAAGAGUCACUUUUACUCAGUGUUCCUUUUAUCGCAAACAGCACAAGAGAAGCACGUUCUCAUUGUUUUCUUUUUUGAAAAAGUUAAUGAAAGCUUACCGUUAUCAAUUCGGAAAUUUUUGGAACAACUGCGAAGCCCCGAGGGCUUUGAAACCGCUUCACCACCCUCUCCCAAAAGACCAAAAAUGUGCUCCACUAAAAAAAAAUGCAAUCCAACAUACAGUUGUAACAUCUGCAGCUCCACCUUCAACCGAUUGGAUACGUUGUUGUUGCACACAGAACAAGAGCAUCCAAGUGCGAGGAAUGUCAUUGACAAGCUGCGUCUUGAACUCUUGCAUGCUGCAUUCGAUCCCCAAGGCUACCGAUCUGGAGGUGAUAGGGAGGGCGGGAGUCCUUCGUCAUCUUCGGAGCUUUUAUAG